UCCGAUUGGCUCCUUGUGCAAACUGAGGCGCGGAGUGCUUUCCCAGAAGCAUUCGUUCGACCUCCACUUUGCCCUCAACUCCAACACCCGCGGGAUCGUGAUCGAAUCCCCCCGUCACGCCCAAUCUACCCCCGAUUUGGUAUGUGUUGAUCGGGUUCUAGGGUUUUUGACGCUUCCGGUCGAUUUUUUUGGACGAUCGGGUCAUAAUUAGGGCUUCUUGUAAUGGCCUCCUGUGUUGCUCGCCCGUGCGGAGUCGGGGGGUAUACUACAUGUGCAAUCCGAUGAUGAGGGCGUUUAGGGUUUUGCCGCGGACGAUGGAGAGGCCCUUCAUGCGAUUGGAGCCGGAGUGCGAGGUGACACCGGUAGGGUUAGAGUUCGACCCCACCACGCCGCGAUUGCCUGGUUACACCGCUUGUUCGGGCAGUGACAUUGUGGUGGCGAUCGGCGGCUCGUGUGCAAGGUGUUCAACGCCGUCACUGGGGCUUGGACCUGGUUUGUCGCAUCAAUUUGCAACAAAUUCACCUGCAUGUACUGGAACCAGUUGGUGUAUGCCAGGUGCUCGAUGAUGGCUCACCCACUGCUGCUGCUGCAUGUUUUGCAGCUCAAUCUCGAGAGCAUGCUUGGGGCGGGGGGGUGGGGGGGAGAUCACAUUAUAGGAUGAGGUAUUGGCCACACGGCAAGGGUCAAGGUUUUGGUAGGGUUCUAUCUUUGUCGAGAUCAACAAGGAGUUCAUUCAAUUUCAACUAGUUUCAGGUCAGUGACACAGGCAAUCACAUUUAAAAGGAAAUCGAUCAAUUAACUUCAUCUACAAAUACUUCUAGUGGAUUCAAUCAUAUGGUAAUUUUUCUUUUUCUUUUUCUUUUUAGCUUGGAUUAGUUUACAUUGGCAUAUUGGAUGUUCUAUACUAUUCUUUACAAGCCUUCUGAGUAUCUAUAUGAUCUAUAGUUUUUGCUAGCGCCUGUGAUUGGAUUGCUUGAAAACUGGAUAGACAAUGAUCUUAACAUGGUGUAAAAUUACAUAACUACCUUGAGAUUAGCUCAUCUUAGUGGAAGUGGUGAAUUAAUUCCAUUUCCAUUCUUCUUAUGAGAAAAAAGAUCAUUGAAUCUCCAAUAAAAGAGCAAGAAGAGCAUGACUUAACUGCCCAAGAAGGUGAUAGAGUUAUAAAUCUCCCUGGGCAACCAAAUAGCCCACCAAUCUCUCACUACUCAGGAUACAUAACAGUGAAUGAGGUGCAUGGGAGAGCCCUCUUCUAUUGGUUCUUUGAGGCACAAACACUUCCCCAUGAGAGGCCCCUCCUCCUUUGGCUCAAUGGAGGACCUGGUUGCUCAUCAAUAGGCUUUGGAGAAGCUGUGGAAUUGGGGCCUUUACGGGUCCAAAAAUUUGGGACAGGACUUGAAUUCAAUAACCAUGCUUGGAAUAAAGAAGCCAAUUUGCUCUUUUUGGAAUCCCCUGUUGGAGUUGGGUUUUCCUACACAAACACAUCCUCUGAUCUCACUGCAGUAGAUGAUAGAGUUGUGGCUAAGGAUGCUUAUAGUUUCCUCAUUAACUGGUUGAGAAGGUUCCCUCAGUAUCAAGAUCACGAUUUCUAUAUAUCAGGAGAGAGCUAUGGAGGGCAUUAUGUACCGCAGCUAGCUGAACUUGUCUAUGAGCGUAACAAGGACAGGCAAAAGUACCAAUAUAUCAACCUCAAAGGGUUCAUUGUUGGAAACCCUGAGACAAAUGACUACUAUGACUACAAAGGAUUGGCGGAGUAUGCAUGGAGCCACGCAGUCGUGUCGGAUCAAGUUUAUGAGCUCAUUAACAAAGUCUGCGAUUUUAGGGCUGAUAACUGGUCGAAGGCCUGCAUGGACGCAAUGGGCAUUGUCAUGAAACAGUAUCACUUGAUUGACUUCUACAACAUUUAUGCUCCGAAGUGUAAUCUUGCGCAAACAACAACAACAUCACCUGCAGCUGAUGAUACAACUGAAGCUAAAUCUAAGGGGAGAUUAAAAGGGAGGAUUCGGAUGUAUUCAGGAUACGAUCCGUGUUUUUUUGCCUAUGCGGAGGAUUACUUCAACAAAAUUGAUGUUCAAAGGUCACUUCAUGCAAAUGUUAGUGGAAAGAUUCAAGGAAAAUGGACUGUUUGCAAUGAUUCCAUUUUUUAUAAUACGUACAAAUACACUGUAUUCUCUGUUCUACCUAUAUACUCCAAGCUUAUCAAAGGUGGACUAAGGAUAUGGGUUUACAGUGGUGAUGCAGAUGGGAGGGUUCCAGUGAUUGGAACCAGAUACUGCAUGGACGCACUUGGCCUCCCAGUUAAGACCCACUGGCAACCUUGGUACCACAACAAGCAGGUGGCGGGGAGGUUCGUGGAGUACGAGGGUUUGACAAUGGUGACAGUGAGAGGAGCAGGUCAUUUGGUGCCCCUCAACAAGCCUGAGGAGGCUCUUGUGCUCAUCAACUCCUUCCUCAUGGGGAAUCACCUCCCCACGCACAAAUCUUGUAUGUCCAUAUACUAAAUGUUGCCCACAUGCGUCCCUUCCACAUAUUCGACUCAUCCAAUGCAUCGUAUACGGUAUACCCAAUAAAAGAAAUACUAGUGUAAUGACCCGUGCUUCGCGGCGGGAGGUCCUAACAUUGAGAGCUAAUAAUAUGACUUUUAUUAUAUUUAUUUAUCACGAAACAUACAGAUAUAUAUAAUAUUCAUAUUAUGUAAGA